AUGUUGAAAACUGCUUCAGAAACACGUCGUGCCAGCGGACGACCCAAACUGACAUUUCCAUUUACCAAAUCCUCUGAUCUGGACAAGCAGGCCAAGAAAAAUCAUCCUUUCCAACAUGGCGCCCCUGUCUCGAAAACCCAGGUCAGGGCAUUCCAACGUCCGGCAUCAGAAGAUCGGCUCGGCCUAACGACAACAAUGUGGCUUCAAAGGGGUUUGAACGAGAUACCAAUUUCUCACCCGAUGCACGCAACAUUGCUCGACAGACUUCAAAAGGAGCCGCCCUCGCCUUCCUCUCGGUCGUGCAGCUCUUCGUCGUCCCAUACACCAAGAAAGAGCAUGGCCGGAUUCGACCUGUUGCCUGCCGAGAUUCGAAACCUCAUAUAUUGUCACUCGCUCUCCGAAGAACAGCCAAUCACCCCUAUUCUUCCGCCCCUCGAAGGCGAUCAGAACGGUACUAAAACAAGAUAUCUUCAGUCAGGUUUCCCAAUUCUAGCUGAAGUAUUUCCACAUCUUACAGACGAGAUUCAGUCCAUGAUGCGUCCAUUCUACCAGGCCAACACCUUUCAAUUUGACUUGCGAGAAGAUGGCGGCAUCGAAAAUCUGUUGCGCUGGCUCCAGCAGCGAAAAGAGGAAGUCGAUGCGGCGCGAACGAUCAGUGUCAUUCACUGGACCUGGUAUUGGAGUACAUCCGAUUUCUGCUGGAACUUCGUGGCCGACGCUACCAUCCUCUCUCUCACAUCAAGCGGCCAUAUCAAGUUGACGAGGACUGCUGGUGCCCUUGACGCAGAUGCGUGCAACUGCAACAUAGAAAAGCUCAUAUCUACGCAAUGCUCAGAUUGGACGAUGAACAACAUCUGGAGUGUGCCAGAUUUCGUGAAGGCAUUGCGAGAAGACGAGGAGCUUCUGACACAAGCUCUCACAAAGUUCGUGGACCUGAUCCAACAACACGACGAGAGCUUUCACGCAUGGCAGAAUGGACCUAAAGCAUGUACGGCAUGUGGGAAAUCGAUGAUCUUCUUGCGGACGUUCGAUGAGGUGGAGUGGACCUCUGAAUAG